CUACAAGUCAUUUGCUUUUACCAUUAUCUAAAUUGAUGCAGUGACAUCUCUGCAUAGAAAUUUAAAUUAAAUUCUAAACUUAGUAUGUGGAUCAGCUAAAUCUAAAUCAAUAGACAGCUUUUCAGUCAUUAAAAAUGGCCCAUAAAAACGAAAACCUAGUAAUAUUUAUUAUUUACUUCCACAUUAUUAGGUAGUAUCAUAUACAAAAGAUUAUCUUUUUUCCACCCCUCCCCGCUUGCUAUAAGAAUAUUACUAAAAUAAACUAGCACUCUGUUCCAAUUUAAACAUUAUCCAGUAUUACUACAGUAAUCACAUCCUUUUGGACAUUUAUAUACUGAUAAAAUGAAAUCCGAAAUUCCCCAUGAAGCUGAAAGCUAUUCCGAAAUUAUUGUAAUUAUAGCACUGUUGCCAUUAUGAU